CCGGAGUAUUUUUGUUGCAGCAAUUAUUUCCAAUUAACUUUGUCUUACAAUGAAUUCCGAUAGAUUUAGGUUUCCAAACGUCUAAGCACUUGAAUGUAUUAAUUGCUUGUUAAGAAAAUGAUUUGACGAGAGUGUCGAAAGUGCCGGUUGCAAGAAUGUCGGUCCAAGACGAGCUGGACGACUUCAUAUUUCGUCCACAGCAGCAUUUGGACGCUAAAUGGCAUAAUCCUGACUUACAAGAUGCCCUACACAAUCCAGAUUCUCUGUGCACUUUGUUUAACAGUUUGAUGCAGGAUAGGGAGUUGUAUUUCGACGCCGGAAAGGGCCUAGUCAAUUCCGCAGGAGUGACUGCGAAACUCGGCGAAAGUGGCAAAUAUUACUGUGGCCUUAGGAUUUUAACGUGCACCUGCUGUGAUGGAUUGUGUGGGCCCCAUUCUGGCUGUGCUUGCCCUCCUUGCACAGCCCUCUCUGCUGAGGAAGAACUACGGAUUGCCAUUCAGUCCAAAUUGGUGCCACCACCACCAUCAUUCCAAGUUAUAGAUGAUCUCAAAUGGAAACAAGAUCCUGGUCCAGAAUGCUUGCAAAAUCUCAUGGAGUCCUUGCUUUGGGAGCAGCGUGUGCGAGCUAUUAACACAGCUCUCAGUUGUCCCAACAUAGCUCAAAUUCGUCGCUUAAUAGUUCUCUGCAAUAGACAUCUCAUAGCCGUUAUUAGAGAUCAAAGUCAUUAUAAAGAAGUAAAAAAGGUUAAGCUAGAUAAGAAACCCCCACAUGCAGUCAGCAACAGGGCCUUGAGCAAUGUAGUCAACACUCUGAACAAGACAGUAGAGCUUGCUGAGACCCAGGAGGAUAAUGAAGAACACACUGAUGACUCAGAGAAUGCUCUAGGCUUGGCCCGAGUGGGCGCCCGAGCGGCCCUCCGCCUGGCCCUAUCUUUAGUCCGGCGCGCCUGGCGCUGCGGCGAAGACGCCGACGUGUGCUCAGCGUUGUUGCGUGACGCAUUGGACGCGGUUCGCGCUUUGCCCGACGCUGCGCUAUUCGCAGGCGCCGGCGCCGCGCAACAGGCACCCCGGUCGCAGAGGAUAUGGGCAGAAGUGGUUGAUAGUGCUGCAAAGUUCUUACAUCAAGUGGUUGCUGGGGAAGUGGGUUGCAACGUGCCGCUAGGCGACUGGCGGACGUCGCUCUGCGUCUGGGUAGAGCUAUGUGCGCGCCGAGCAGAACUACCCGCGCUUUUGAAAGCAGCUGAUGUUUUAGUGACGUUACCGCCGCGGCAGAAAAGACAGCCUGAUAACAGAAUAACCCUGGAGGAAUGUACCGCGCCUCUUGGGCCGUUCUUGAGACGCAUGGCCAAGGUCACAGCACCAAAUCCAAUUAUCAAUAAUGAGCCGAGUACAGAGACUAAUCCCACUGAAAUAUACUUAAAAGAUCUGAACAUUCCUGCUGGUGAUGGAUUGAUGGAAGUUAGAAAAGCUGGUAUCGCACUGUUAUGUCAUCUAGAUAGAUUAGGAGCACCACUCUUGCCUCCUUUGAAAGGAUUUGUCACGUGCACGGAAUCCGCCCAAGAAGUAAUUUCAGUAGGAAUCGGUCCGUUACAUCUGGGAACUUUGAGAAUUCAGCAAAUUGCCUGCGCCGAGAAACUCGCGCUUUUGUUGACACAAGAUGGCGUGGUGUACACGCUGCCGUACGAUUCAAUGAUGCCGCAACUUGUUCCUGGUCUAGAAAACAAAACCAUUACCCAAGUGGCGUGUCACUCAGCCGGCCGCCAUUUUCUGUGCUGUUCCUCUUGUGGAGGGGCGUGGUCUUGGGGGGCCGGUGAAGAUGGCCGCCUGGGCCACGGAGACACGGCGCCUAGAGACGCGCCCGCUUCUAUACACCACCUCGCGCAUCACGAAGUCAUCAAAAAAGCCGGGCAAGAUGGCCGCCUGGGCCAUGGAGAUACGGCGCCUAGAGACGCACCCGCUUCUAUACACCACCUCGCGCAUCACGAAGUCAUCAAAGUAGCCGCUGGAGUUGCUUGCAGUGCCGUGAUAACGUCAAGAGGCGCACUGUACACUUGGGGACGCGGUACACAAGGCCGCUUAGGACAUGGGACCAUCGAGAACUGUCUGACUCCACAACCCGUCUCAUUCUCCGCCCAUAACAUAGAAAGAGUCAUCGAUGUUGCUCUAGGUUGGGGCGAGAGUCAAACUCUUUGUUGCACGUGGGAGGGCGCGGUGCAGGUAUUCGGCGACAACGAGGCAGGAGCACCACGUACUCUGACGUCACUCUCUGUGCUGAGAAUUACUCGAGUGUACACGGGGGAACAUUGGCAUGCGGCUCUUACUGAUUUAGGUCAAGUGUACACUUGGGGAAAAGGUGACGGAUAUCGUCUUGGUCAUGGAAACUUAGAGACGAUGAAGAUUCCUAAACUAGUCGAAGCUUUUCAAGGCAUUAGAGUCGAAGAUCUAUCAUUGGGAGCCUCACACGGAAUAGCUUUGACGUCUGAAGGAUUGUUAUAUGCAUGGGGUACUCUUGAAAGAGCUCAAAUAUCUCGCCCAGUUCCACAGUUACUGCAAGUGUUGAAUCCGUCCUUCAAAGCCAAUGGGGUCACAAGUGGACCAUACCAAGUCAUCGUAUGGAGUGAAGAAAGUCCCAGAGAUCUUCCGUCGUCCAUGCCAUUUGUGAUAGAUUUAUCUGAUAAUACAUUCAAGUUACUGGAAAGGCUUUUGAGAAUCGUAGUCGAACAAAGCACUUCAACGUCAAUCAAAGAGAAUGAGUCUUUAGCCAUCUCUUGUCUCAACCUUUUGAGACUACAAGUGCACGCGUGGCAAUGCUCUCGUGGAACCGACGUAGAAUCAGACACAGAAAACCGGUCAUGGUGUACCGGAGUCCACACUGCUCUAGUGGCUCUAGUUGAAGGCCGAGCGGGGUCGGCCGCUGCCGCCGCGGCCAGACGAGCCCUGGCGGCGGCCUGGCCGUUAUUGCUACCUACGCCGCAGAUUAGAGCUCAGCAUCUCAUCGCGUUAUUGCCGCAAGGAGCAGUCCCGGCCAGCGCGGGUGCGCGAUUCAUGACGGAGCUGCUAGUUUGGUCGCUGCUCGGAGGCGGUGGGUUGCGCGACGCACUGCGCAACGCGUUACAAGCGCAUUCCGCUGAUGCAUACAAUCACCUACAACUUGACGUAGAUUACGAUCAAAUCGAUAUAGUGACAGGUCAGCGCGGAACCCAAACAACUGCUAAUGGAGAAGAUGUUGAAGCUAUUCCAGGUCGCGUUGUAAGCGAGCUAUGCGCAUGGGUAAACGCAUGCGGCGCGCGGAACGCGGUCGCUAUAUCGGAUUGCGGCGCCUCCCUUGUGAAGAUAGCGCGCGCGUGUGACGAAGCGGGCCGCAUAUUGCCCUCAGCAGGGAAACUAGACGCGGAUUUGCUGGGCUGGCCAGGCCUGAUAUCAAAGAAGCAGCAGCUGAAUAGCAGCAUAGCGCGCGCGUGCGACGAAGCGGGCCGCAUAUUGCCCUCAGCAGGGAAACUAGACGCGGAUUUGCUGGGCUGGCCAGGCCUGAUAUCAAAGAAGCAGCAGCUGAAUAGCAGCGUUAUAAGGAAGUGUGACCUCCAAAACCACCUAAAAGAGGGCGGGUCAUGGAUCAUCAUAGCUGGCCACGUGUUCGACGUGGACAAAUUCGACUGCGACAACGCCGGCACCGUCGAGUUGGUUCGCAAGCUGCGCGGCUGCGACGCAACCGCUGCUUUGAGCGUUGAACCUCAUGCGGCAUAUUUGCCAAGGGUGACUGAGAAAUGCGUCGGGAUGUAUGCGGAACAGAUAAACAGCCAUAAGUGUAAUGAAAGCACUUCAAGUCUCAAAGCGCAUCAUAUUCUAUCAUCGUGCGCGUUCAAUUUGGCCAUUGGGCUGAGUCAGUGCGGGGUGCGGCUGGCCAAAUCGCUGCCGGUUCAGCAGGCAGAGAGAGACGCAGCGCCGUUCGCAGCCGCUGUCUUCUUCAGGGGAGGGCUGCAGGUGGCGCAGCCAUCGAACCCAUUCGAGGAAGAGAAAGCAGAGGCCCGCAGCGGGUCGUCAACGGGAGGCAACAGUCCCGCGAGUGACGCGCCUCCGUCCCGUAGUUCGCGGCCCACGCCCAAGGUCAAUGCGUCCUCCACAGCUAGGGCUGACGCGCUACUGUUCGCGCUUGCUGAACCGAAGCUACACGAUCCCCUAGCCCUCCACUUAUGGUGGGCAUGCGAAAGGCGGGAAGGAUGCGCCCCCCACUUCCCACCAGAACAUCCCCUAGAAGAGUUACGGAGAGCAUUAUUGGCAGUGCUCUUGUAUCACGCAGGGUUGAAAGAGCAUGCUUAUGCUACGGCUUCUGCUGAAAUGGAAAAAGGGGAAGUGAAGUUGUCUCCGGCAAUGUCCGAAAUAGUCAAAGCAGUUCAGCAAAGCAAGUGGACUCUUAUGAGGACAAGACAGCAGUUAUCUCGCGGCUACAAAGAGGUGUGUGCGGCACCCUUAGAAAGAGCGCGAUUCCUGUUACACGAGGUACGGGCAGCAAUGUCACCUGCAAUAGCAGCUUUACAUUCCCGACCGCCGUCGCGACGCCCUUGCACUGCCAAAAAGAUCUUUCAGAAGGUCAUGAAGGCGGCGAAAACUCCUAGCUUUAAUAAAUGUUUCGAAACGACCAAAGAUCUCAGGAACCGACAGAACAGUUUAAGCAAAAGUAUGCUGAAAGCAACUGGCAGCCUAUUGCAAGGCGAUGCCUUACUGAUCAAAUCAUCCAUAGCGAACGCUAGCAAGACUCCUGAUGACGCACCCAGUAUUAUAGUUGAACAUCAUAGGGGUCAUGCUAUCGACGGUGCAGGCGACAAAAGUCAUCACCACAAAAUAAAACUAAAAACAAAAGAUAAACUUCUAGAAAAAGAUCUGAAGAACGCGUGCAAUAAUGACGAUAUGCGAAACGAAGCACGAAGCGAUUUCAAAUUGACCGAGAGAGAAGACAUUUUAGACAAAGAUCACGAUGAUAAAACGCCCACGAACGAAGUAUCGAUUAGUUCCAUAAACGAUAUGACUGAUAACUCGAUUCUGAAAGAAUCUAUGGAGAGUGAGAAGCAAGUAAUGUUACUUGCUGAUGAUCUCAAAACUGAUCUCAUUAUGGCUGAUGAAGAAAAAGAUGACGAUAAUUCUGAGAGGAACAAAUUUGUGAAUGCAUGGGUUUCGAGGUUAGCGUGUGAAAAGAAAGAUCUCUAUUGGUUGUUAGAAGAAGUAACUCCUGAGCAACAAAGUUUAACAACUGCCAUUAUAGACUUUGUUAUGACUGAAGAUCCCUGUGAUAUAGAUAUACUAAGAAGAGCUUUAUAUUGUCAGACUCAAAGGGCAGAAAUAAGAAGGAAUGGAUACAACAUGAUAAACAGCAUUCUUCACUCUACCCAAACUAUGUCGGAAAGUAUUAAAUACGCGGCUCUAGUCGGUAUGUUGGGUGGGUCUAUAGCGGACACGGCUCCGUACGCCCCAAUAAAACCAACUAUACCCUUAUCUCCGCCUUUGAAAGGCAUCGAAUCUGUGAUACCAUAUUCUAAGUACAUGGUGCUUCUGGAAAGGUCGAAAAUGAUGGACUUUAUUCUCUUAGAGUUAAAAGCGAGAGUGUUAGAAGGCGAGCAAAGCCAACCGCUGCCUUUGAAGAUGAGUGCUAACUACGGUGCGCAUGCGUUGUUGAAUAAACCUUCGAGGGCUAGGUUUCUGAUAACCUUACUGUCACUGCUUAUUGAGGGUUGUCAGGGUCCGGAACUAGAACAACUAAUAAACGGCGGAGCUUUGAGUGCAUGUCUCACCUUAUUGAAACAAAUCGGCGGUGAUACGUCUCAACAUUCCUCGCUUAUUUGUCACGGUAUCAAGUCUAAAUCUGAAUGCUUGAUAAUAUACGAGGAUGAAAGACUUGGGGCUCGCGCGCGUGGCGCAUCAUUAUCUGGACCUGAAUUGGCAUCGUUGAUGAAAAUUGGGACUCGAGUAGUGAGAGGAAAAGACUGGAAAUGGGGCGACCAGGACGGUGUACCAGGUGGGGAAGGUCGUGUUAUAGGCGAGCUAGGUGAAGACGGCUGGGUGCGAGUGGCGUGGGACGCCGGCGGUACUAACUCCUACAGGAUGGGCAAGGAAGGCAAAUACGAUCUCAAACUCGCUCGGUCGCCAUCCCCGCCGCCGUCUGUUGAUGAGACUGUGCAAGGCGUUGUUGACAACAACAUAGAGUGGUGGCCAGUGAGCGAAGUCCGCAGCGCUUGCACGUGCGCGGUGCGUGCGUUAUGCGCGGGCGCCGGCGCCGGUAGCACGCAAGCUGCUGUCGGAGUCAUCGCGAGAAGAAACGUGGCUGCGUUGCAGAGGAGGCUAUUGGCAUUAGCGCAUGCCCAUGCGACGCCACCGCCUACCGCGUUCGCUGCGCAUUAUCAUACGGCGUUGGCUUUGCUGCGAGCGAGUGCCCAAAGUCCCGAAAUGAGAGUAUCCUUAUGCACUGACUCGUGGUUCGAACUCUGCUACAGCCUGGUGUCGGCAUCGGACAAACCUAUUACACUAGAUCUCAUUUACUUGCAAAUCCAAUCCCUAUGGCUGUUACGUCGAGUAUUAGUUGAGCACAGUGGCAGUAGCGAAUGGCGGCGCACAGUCGGCGCCCAACUGUUAGCUCUGAUUGGUCGGCUGUGGCUAGAAACGCAUACCUAUGAUCCGGCAUUGAGACCUCCCCCGUAUGGGAUUGGAUUCAGUGGCGAUGAGGAAGAAGUUGACAACAGAUGGCGCGCCCCAGCCACUGCAAGUUACACUGGCGCCAUGUGCGCGGCUCUAGUGCAAUUAGUGCGACAGUUGCACGCCGCGCCGCAGUGGCACGCGCCGAUCACUGCGCUGAUGUUGGACAAGCUGCAGUUGGCUGCGCAAAUGGUCACAAGUGACUGGCAUUGGUGGCCGCACACUAGUCAAGAUCUAACGCAAACGAUCAAACCUACGCCACCUAGCCUCGAAACUUGUUUGAUAGCGGGUGCUCUGGGAGUUGCGGGUGGAGUUGAAUGGCGUUUUAGACUUGGGCAGAAAGUGACAGCUGGAUCCCCGCCUCGGAACGCGAUCGUGACUCAACUGUCACCGAGAGCCAAAGUCACUUUAAUUUAUGACGAUAAUACGGCUACCAAGACCGAACUAAACUGCCUCGUGAAUGCGGAAAGCGAACGGUUAACGCAACCGCUAGGGGGCGGUGAGAGCGCACUGCGCGUUUGCGCGGCGUUGCUCGGCGCUGGGCCUCAUUCGUCGCCGAUGCAUCCUCACCAUUUACCUGCCGAAGUGGACCUAUUUGGACUAAGAAGACAACAGAUGGAGUUGCUAACGCUAUGUGCAGUACGAGGUCUAUUAACAACGCGCACGCGUCUCCGAAAAGUUUUGAUGCAACCACCUGACAAUACCGGCAACAUAGACCGAGGAACAGUGCUAGGCACAGAAGGCACUUUGCUCCGACGCAUGCUGGCGUUAGCAACUAGACCGAGUCCGCUAGCGGCGUCGCAUACUCCUCGAGAACUGGCCGCGGCAGCCAUCGCUAUUGUCCAACAGUUGGCCGCACACAUUAAUGGUGAAGACAAAGACCAUGAUUCGCCACCAGACCUACCUAUCAUAGACAAGAGCAACGUGAUGCAACUGUCUAUGGGUCCGUCUACUAGCACGGCUUCUCUAUCGCGGAAAGAUCUCAAUACCUGGGCAAAUUCGUCUCAAGUUCAGCAAGUUAUUGAAAUGGGUUUCUCAAGACACGCUGUUUAUGGCGCUAUUCAAGCAUUGGGUGGAACCACUCUUCCGUCCGUGGAAUCUUUAGUCGCAUAUUUAUUGGAACUGCCACAACAAGGGAUGGACGACACGGUUUUCGAAAUAAAACCUCACUCGUCUAAAAUAGAGAAAAAACAAACGCCGUACCGCUGGCGUAGUUGUUUCGCUUCCGAAGAAGAAUACGCACAGUACUUGUCUGACGUCAUCACUCCGGGGAUGACUGUGCGGUGUUGCAAAGCUUACGAAAAUGUGGCAUUGGGUGAUGUGGGUCAAGUGCAGAAAGUGGAAAGAGAUAUAAAACAAAACGUCUUUGUACACGUGGAAUGGCGAGGCCUAGGCCGCGUGUGUGGGGUCCGCGCGGUACACGCAGAAGUGGUCUCAGGAGGACCUCCCUUCGCUGUAGGAGACCGCGUUAGAGUCCGAGCGGCCGUCACCCAGCCUCGGUACAAGUGGGGCUGCAUAGACCACACCAGCGUCGGCACGGUUACCGAAGUGGUCUCAGGCGGGCCGCCCUUCGCCGUAGGAGACCGAGUUAGAGUACGAGCGGCCGUCACCCAGCCUCGGUACAAAUGGGGCUGUAUAGACCACACCAGCGUCGGCACGGUUACCGCAAUAUCAAGCAACGCCCGUGAUCUGACUGUGGACUUUCCACAACAGCCCGGGUGGACUGGUCAAGUCAGUGAGAUGGAACUCGUCACUGAUCAAUCGGAGUGGGGCGAAAGUGCCGGAGGAGUUGCGGUUGGAUGGCGAGGGGCGGUUAGGGCAGUCCGCGUGUCGUCAUGCCGCCCCGGCGCUGGGGCGAGACGUUUACUGGAUUCCCAACCUCAUACCUACUGGCAGAGUUCUAGUGGCACUGGCCAGCAUUGGAUCCGGGUUGAAAUGCGUUGCGGUGUCCGCGUCCGACGACUAGGGUUGGGCGUCGCGGGUGGGACCCACGGGCCCGCUGCCUUGACCGUUCGCGCGGGGUCCAGCUUUGAAGAUGCGGCCCUGGCCCCCCUGGCGGCGGCCCCUUGUGCCCCCCCGGCGGUCCCGGCACACGCCGCGAGGGACCGGGCCCCGCACCAUCUAGCACAGAUACAAUUGCUGGCUGACUGUAAACAGUACUAUCCUUGCAUCGAAAUCAGCAUAAAGCAAAACCGCAACGUGAAUGCUGAUUGCCGCGUCCAUGGUCUUUACAUAACCGGCUUUAGACCUAAUCCACUUUACAACGAUGUUUUACAGACUAUGAACUUCGUCGCUGAAGAUUGGAUGGAGAGAGAUAACCCAACAGGAGCGGUAUCAGCUGAUAACAACCCUCCUUCGUUGCCAAAUGACUGUCCUAAGGUUUACGUUUGGGGGUUGAAUGAUAAAGAUCAGCUAGGUGGUGUCAAAGGCUCCAAAGUAAAAGUGCCUGUAUUUUCACCUACCCUCAGCGCAUUGCGUCCAGUCCACAUCGCUGGCGGUUCCAAAACGCUGUUCAUUGUAUCUCACGAUGGAAAGCUUUAUGCUUGCGGCGAAGGUACAAACGGACGGCUUGGCCUAGGCCACAGUAAUAACGUAUCAACUCCGCGAGCGAACCCGCAUCUAGCGCAUACACUCGUGCGCCGAGUAGCCGUGCACUCUGGAGGGAAACAUGCGCUUGCGCUGACUGCCGAUGGAAAGGUGUACUCAUGGGGAGAAGGAGAAGACGGCAAAUUGGGCCACGGCAAUCGCAUUACUUUAGAAGUGCCACGGCUCAUAGAAUCUCUCUCUGGCGAGCGAGUAGUUGGCAUCGCUUGUGGUUCGGCCCACAGCGCGUGCGUGACCGCGCGCGGCCAUCUUUACACGUGGGGAAUGGGAGAGUAUGGCAGGCUGGGGCACGGCGAUGACGUCACUCAGCUGGCGCCUAAGAUGGUGGAAGCUUUAGCCGGCCUCAGGGUAGUUCAAGUCGCGUGCGGGUCACGUGACGCGCAAACCUUAGCGCUGACUGCUUGCGGUAAGGUCUUCUCCUGGGGCGACGGCGACUUCGGGAAACUUGGACGCGGUGGAUCCGACGGCUGCGCAGUACCCAUGAAUAUCGAAAGACUAAACACGCUUGGUGUCGUCCAAGUAGAGUGUGGAGCACAAUUUAGCUUGGCGUUGACCAGGGAUGGCGAGGUAUGGACAUGGGGCAAAGGCGACUACUUCAGACUGGGCCACGGCUGCGACGCGCACGUGCGUAGGCCUACUUUAGUGGAGGCGCUGCGAGGCCGUCGAGUUGUGCACGUGGCGGUUGGAGCCCUACACUGUCUGGCUGUGACUAGUGAUAAUCAGGUUUGGGCGUGGGGUGACAACGACCACGGUCAACAAGGCAACGGUACAACCUGCGUGAACAGGCGUCCCGCCUUAGUCGCGGGAGUCGAAGGCGUCCAAAGAGCGGCAGCGGGGUCAUCGCACUCCGCUGCGUGGUCUGUCAGACCGUCGCAACACGCUGUGAUAGAUGAAACGAAGACGCCGCAUAUAGCCCCACUGCCGUUCCCUACGCUGAAAGAUCCGUUGGGAGCGCAGAGCCUUGGUCUGUAUUCCGAUGAAGCGGUAGUAGAAGAGCCCCAAGGGCCCAAGCCUUCCCUGGCGGCGGCUGCCCUCGGCUUGGAACCGCCAGUAGCAGUACAACAUGCCUUGUCUCUCAUAUUGCUGGCUCUACAUAUUACGCAGGCGCGCUGUCUCCUAGUCGAAGCUCUACGCGCUCACGAAGCUUGCUCGGCAGCAGUGCCGGUGUCUGUGGUCAUAGACACGGAAGACGAAGACGUGGAAGCUGACGCCCGUACUGGUGGAGGGGAAGCCCCAGCGGAUCGGGCUACAUUGCCGAGUGGUGCUAGCAGUCCCCUGAGUGGAUCAAUAUCAUCUAGACAUUCGGCUGUGAUGUCAUCAAGUGCUGUAUCCGUCGCCGCUGCAACUAUGACCGUUCAACAAGCUGAAGCUCCAAAGAUGGUGUUAGACGAUUUCACAUCGCAGCUGGGAGAAUCAGAUGCCAGAGCUCUCGUUGACUUACUGAAAUUAGCCGCAGCAGGACGAAUACCGGAUGCCAACAAUGCUGUCAAAAUUAUUACAGAUGUUCUCAUGGCAUUAUGUGCCAGCAAGCCAGCAGUAGCCGACAUGGUGGUAGAAGUGUGCGUGUGUGAGUUAGAAGAAGCGGCCGCUGGUGGUGGCCGGGCCCCGCCUCAACCAGUCACUGUGGACAGCCCACAUCCGUAUGCUGAUGAUACGGAUAUAUCAGGUGUGGUAAAAAUCCCGGGAGCAUCGUCCUUACGAGUGGUGUUCGAGCAAGGGUGUUCCACCGAGCGACGCAACGAUCCCCUCACGAUAUCGGACUCGACUGGUCGCGUAUUGGCCACGAGGUCUGGCCGUGAGCCCGUCGACUGGUCGCAAGAAAUCAUUGUUGUGGGUGACGAAUUACGUUGGAGAUUCACAAGUGACGGUUCAGUCAAUGGAUGGGGCUGGAGGUUCACUGCUCAUCCGAUACUUCCAUCUCACUCUACUGUGGAAAGUGGUUCCGAUCGUUACGUGCUAUCUAGUCCAUCGGUAGAGCUGGCCUGGCGGCUACUGGAUGGUCCGCUUCUGGCGACCAUUUCCAAUGACCACCAGCUAGCUCCACGAUUGGCUCAGGCUCUUGCCAUUUGCGCUCAAAUGCCUUCGUUGUCAUGGCGCGGCCGCGUAUGGUGCGUGCGGCGCCUACGCGGCGUUGUAUGCGGAUUAGACGGCGAGGCGGGCCCGCCGCCACCGCCUGCGCUGGCGCACCUGCCGCAGCUGUUGCACGCGCAGUAUGAGCACGAGGAGCCCGCACUACGAACCGGAACACACCUUACUCAUACACAUUACCUCAAGGAGCUAGCCUGGCUAGCAUGCGGUCUGCGCAUGGACAGUCGUGUCUGCACUGGUCCCGACACCGCUCGGUGGUUCAAGCGUUACUGCCUCUGCAUUCGGGCGGCCGACGCUCUCAUACGCCGCGUUCCAAUGCCGAUGCCCUUCCUAGCCGACGUCAGGAAGAGACUGUCGGAUCUUGGAGUUUAUAACUCAGACGAGACAAGUACCGAUGCUCAGUACCCGUGGGAGGAUAACACGAAGUUCACGCGUCAACACGACGAACAGUUGUUGCAUUGGGUCAACAAGCGUCCCGAAGACUGGACAGGCUGGUGGAGCGGCGGCUCGCUCGGCUGCGCUGUAUACGGCUGGGGCCAUAACCACCGCGGACAACUAGGCGGCGUGGAAGGAGCUAAAGUGCGGACGCCCACGCCUUGCCAUGCACUAGCCGCACUCAACCCGGUGCAGUUAGUGGGUGGAGAACAAACGCUGUUCGCUGUCACGCCUGAUGGCAAGGUGUAUGCUACUGGUUACGGUGCUGGUGGACGUUUGGGCAUCGGUGGCAUUGACUCCGUUUCACAACCGACUCUUCUGGCUUCAAUACAACACGUCUUUAUUACCAAGGUUGCCUGUAACUCCGGAGGAAAACAUUGUUUAGCGCUUUCGUCGGAUGGCGACGUGUACAGUUGGGGCGAGGGAGAAGACGGGAAACUGGGACACGGAAAUCGAGUGAGCUACGAUCGUCCGAAGCUCAUAACAGCGCUAGCCGGGUUGGAAGUGGUAGCGAUAGCUUGCGGCGGCGCGCACUCUGCGUGCCUCACCGCUCGAGGCCGUAUCUACACAUGGGGUAAAGGCCGAUACGGGCGACUUGGACAUGGGGACUCGGAAGACCAGCUCGUGCCUAAGAUGGUGGAAGCCCUCUCGACGUACCGCGUAAUUGAUGUCGCUUGCGGUUCCGGCGACGCACAAACUCUUUGCAUUACAGAUGACGAUAACGUCUGGUCUUGGGGCGAUGGUGACUAUGGGAAACUGGGCCGCGGAGGAUCUGAAGGUUGCAAAGUACCGAUGAGGAUUGAUUGCCUAAAAGGAUUACGCGUUAUAAAAGUCGAAUGUGGAUCUCAGUUCUCUGUUGCUUUGUGUCAAUGUGGAAGCGUUUACACUUGGGGUAAAGGCGACUACCACAGAUUAGGCCAUGGCAGCUACGAACACGUGAGACGUCCGAUGCGUGUGACCGGCAUGCAAGGGAAAAUGAUUGUCUCUAUUGCCACCGGAAGCUUACACUGCGUCGCGUGUACGGACACGGGCGAAGUUUACACGUGGGGCGAUAACGACGAAGGACAGCUGGGAGACGGCACCACUCUCGCGGCUCAGAGACCACGGCUGUUGAUGGCUUUACAGGGCAAGCGGGUGACCCGCGUGGCUUGCGGCAGCGCCCACACCGUAGCGCUAUGCGUGGAAGCAGCGCGGGCGCCGCGACCGCCGCCGCCGCCGCCACUAGAGUGCCACCUACUCAGAGACCUCGCUACCAGCCUCAUCUGCAAUAGACUGGUGCUACUUCAUCAAUUCUCCGAAUUAGUUUGUCCGAACUUACCGCUACUGAUUCUGGAUGGUCCUUUGGACCAAUUGAGGACAUUACUGUUCUACAGCGUAAAAGAAGCAGCUUUUAGAAAGGCAAUCAUGGCCACAAUGGUCCGCGAGAGACAGCACGGGCCAGUGGUAGAGUUAUCCAGGGUUGCCGCGCGCCGCGCCAGGCGAGGCGGUUCUGGAUUGGCGGGGGCGGCGGGAAUGCGAUCCGUGUUUGGACAGAUGGUGGCCCGGCUGCCAGCCUUGACGCACGAUGCAUUGGCACUGCCACACAGGGUGUGGAAGGUCAAGUUUGUAGGUGAAAGCGUGGACGACUGCGGCGGCGGUUACAGCGAGAGCAUAGCAGAAAUGUGCGAGGAACUACAGAACGGGUCCCUCCCACUUCUGAUGGCCACGCCUAACGGGCGCGGGGACGCCGGCGCGUCGAGAGACGCGUUCUUACUGAACCCUACGGCGAAUACGCCUUUGCAUCUUAACUGCUUCAGGUUCUUAGGUGUGCUGAUGGGCAUCGCGAUCAGAACCGGCUCGCCGCUGUCUCUUUCUCUCGCCGAAGGCGUUUGGAGACAGCUAGCGGGCCAACCGCUGCGGCCUCAAGACUUGGCCGAGGUUGACAAAGACUUCUUGCCAGCUUUGUUGUGUAUCAGGGAUAUGACUCCAAACAACAAGGAACUUCAAAACUUGGAACUGCCUUUUUCGAUACCGUCAGCAGCAGGUCACGAAGUGCCUCUCUCUACACGACAUAAGCGAGUGACACCAGACAAUAAGGAUGAAUAUGUGCAGUUGGCGUUGCAUUACAGGUUGCACGAAUUCGACGAGCAAGUGCGCGCGGUCCGCGAUGGCAUGUCCCGGGUUGUUCCCGCGCCACUGAUUGCUCUGUUCACGGCUGCGGAGUUGGAGACCCUAGUCUGCGGCUCGCCUGACAUACCAGUGCACGCGCUUAGGGCUUCCGCUAGUUAUAAAGGCAUAGAACCAAACGCGCCGCUAGUGCAGUGGUUCUGGGAGGUAAUGGAGGAGCUAUCAGGCGGCGAGCGCGCGUUGUUCCUUCGCUUCGUGUGGGGCCGCACGCGCCUGCCGCGCGCGCCGCAGGAUCCACGGCAGAGGGACUUUGUGCUACAGGUGUUAGACAAGUACCAACCGCCAGACCACUUCUUACCAGAGAGCUACACUUGUUUCUUCCUUCUCAAGAUGCCAAGAUAUUCAUGCAAGUCUGUUCUACGAGAAAAACUCAGAUACGCGAUCCACUUCUGCAAAAGCAUCGACACGGACGAAUACGCGCGGGUGGCCCUUAGCGCAGCGGAGCGCGUGUCCUCUGAAGAAUCUGAUUCAGACGACGCGGCGCCUGCGGUACAGCCGCCGCCGGCGCUUUACUCUAUCACUAGGGUGCCCGCCUGGCUGUAGGCCGAAAUAACCUGGUUGAAGAUAGUAGGGGACACCACCACAGCCACCAGUCAAUUGGCACGUAAGAGCUGUCAAAAUUCAAGACUAAAGUCUGGUCGCCGAGCAGAUAGAAUUUCGUCCAAUGACCCCAAACUACCCAUCCUUGUCGCUCGUGCGUAAUUAUAUUGCUGUCGCGACUGUGCGACGGGCGUCCCCAGUGAGUGUGCGAGCGCGACAGCAAUAUAAUUACGCGUGAGCGAUAAGAAUGGGUAGCUUGGGGUCAUUGGAUGAAAUUCUAUCUGCUCGGCGACCGGACUUUAGUUGAGAACACCACCAAUUAACUAACACUUUAUGAGCUGUAAAACGCAAUAGAGUAGUUCACAUCACCAGUCAACGAGGGCUCCGCAUUUACACUCGCUAGUUAGUGCCUCUGUUUGACUCGGUCGCGCCCGUCACGCAACCGCCGCCGGUCCUAUACUCAUUAACGAGAGUUCUCGCGUGCGUGACUGUAGGAACUAAAUUGGCUGAAAAUAGUACGAGGACACCAUCAGUCAAUUGACACUAAGAGCUUUCAAAACGCAAUAGAGCAGUUAACUCCAGUACCAAUACCAGCACGUAAAAAAUAUGUCAAUGAAUAAAUACCAGUUAGCGCCGCCGCCGGAGGGUAAGACCAUAUUCGCAGGUCGCGCAAGUUUAUGCGGUAGACCUCAUUGAAUUGUACUUUUUAGGAGCUGUCAAAACACGAUUUUCCCAUAGAUGUCGAUAUUAGCGCGUAUGGAAAUUAAUAGGUCGUAAAUACAUAGGUCGAUUAUCAAAAUCACACGAGUGCAUGAUAGUAAAUAGAUAUUAACUAUACACUUGCGUUCGCACUGCUUUUCGUAUGCUACCAAAUGGUAUAUAAGGUGCGUUUUUAUAUUGCAAUAAAAAUACUUAUAGCGACUAUGUGUAUCAAAUUAUUAUUGUACUGUCACCGUAAUUGUAAUGAGCUCGAAUACUCAUUAUAAUAAUAUACUCGUUAUAAUGAUAUUUAAUCCCAAACCUUUAAAUUUACCUUUUCUCUAUUGAUAAUUUUGGGUCUAGUGUUAGAGACUUCCUUAUAUUGUACAAUCAAUAUAAGUAAAUGUUUGUUGCAGUUGUAAUAAAAGUGUAGCUUGACUUAAUCUGAAUCCGAUAUAACUGUAUUCUCGUCUUUAAAAGAAAUAGUUUGCAAGUAAAUAUAAGGCCAAAAUAUUGAUAGGGAAUUGUCUAUUAUGUCCCUAGUGCUAUGAAUUAAACUGAGUUGUUUAGAUUACUGACUCUUCAUUCCAUAUUUUGGUAGAUUUAUAUCAUAGCUAUACAUACUUCUAAAGUUACGUGGCGCGGACUACCUAUACAUUAUUAUAUUAUAUUGCCACCAGCCUUGUCCCACACACGGAAUGUUGUAUUGUAGGUAUUUAUCAAUACUUUCGUGAACGAAACUAAAUUAGUUUUUCAUUGUUUAUAAUCUCUCUUUGGCUUCAAUUAGACUGUAAAAUUAAUCAGGCAAAGUAAGAUUUUAACAGCGAUUGGUUUAGGUACUUUUAAUCAAUGCGUGAGACGAAUGUUUCAAUUAUUUCGAUGUUAUAGUAAUAAUUUUCACCAGCAUCAUGCCAUGCACCAAGAUAUUAUAUUCAUAAUAAAGAUAAGAACUGCAAAAUAACGUAACGUAUUACUAUUGAGAUGAGAAAUUUAUACAACGAGAGGCGACACUGCCAGCAUUCCAUGAUCGUGAUUUUUAUGCAUGUCGAAAAAUGGCAAAAAGUAUACCUUUGAAUUAAAGUACUAAGUAUACAAAGCUUUUUAUAUUCUUGUAAUGGUAUUUGUCUCAAUGUGUUAAAGUUACAUGUGAAUUUAUGACUAGGUACUUCAGAAAUUUUGUCAUGUAAAAGUGGGCCCGAUUUCAAGAUUGUUCUCCAUAUUUAAUUAUUGCAAAUAUCAAAAUUUAAUAAUAUUUUAUUAAAUGACGUGUAAAAGAAAGAAAAACUUGUACUACAGAGACAGUCAACAUUUUUAAGUCAGGUCCACUGUAUUUUAGAUGUUUAUUGUACUGCUUUUAUGUGUACUCUCACUGCAUAUCUAAGCUAACUUUAGGCUGCAUACUCACUCGCUGGCUAAAUGUAGUCCUUUAAAUGUAUUUGCAUAAUGAAUUUCAUCUCAACUAUUUAUUUGACUGUGGAAAGUAACUGUGAUCAUGUUAUUUAAAUGAUGGGGGUCAUCAAGUAAGUAGAUAGGGAUUGUAAUGAAAAGGUGCAUUUUAUUGAACAAAAGCUGAGGAACUAGUCAUGUUUAAUGUUGAGUUAAUGCUGUAGCAUAAUAGUCCAGUCAUUUAAGCUUAAAUUAGGUAAGAAUCUCGGAAUUCGAGAUACCCAGCUGUAAGUCUGUAAAUACUUGUAUAUUGACACCCUAAAAGUUGUCUCAAAACCUACAUAUGGUAGGGUGUAAGCAACUAUUAAAUUUUAAGGUCAAAGGUCACAAAAAUCGCUUUUUUUGGAAAUAUCUCAUUUCCUAUGGGUUUUUUGCUAUUUGUAUUUAUUAUCAAUAUUGUAGAAUACAAAAUUCUCUACAAAUUUUGUUCAAAAAAUUUUUUUAUACGGUGAACCGUUUUCGAGAUAGAGGGCGGCCGCUAGUACUUAUAAUAAAUCUGUAGAGGUCAAUUCUGUACAUGAAAUAUAUUUUCAAAAUAACUAUCAGGGGGUGAUUAGUGAUCGAUACUGAUGCCAAAAAUGCAAUCAGUAAAAUUUUUGUCUGUCUGUCUGUCCGUCUGUAUGUUCCUUAUAGAAACAAAAACUACUCGACGGAUUUUAACGAAACUUGGUACAAUUAUUCUUCAUACUCCUGGGCAGGUUAUAGUAUACUUAGGAAUUCCCACGGGAACAGGAAUUAGCGGGAAAAUCCUUUUGUAUGAAAAAUCUAAACGCUUAACGGAAGUUAGACGCAUGAAAUUUGGCAUGUAGGUACCUUAGUAAAAGUAAACAACAAGGAAUUCCCGAAAUUCCCACGGGAAUUAGCGGGAAAAUCCUUUUGUAUGAAAAAUCUAAACCGCUUAAGUUGACCUGAAGUGAUGCAGUGACCGCGCGCUCUCCGCCCUCUAUCUCGAAAACGGUUCACCGUAUAAAAAAUUUGUUUAAACAAAAUUUUUAGAGAAUUUAGUAUUCUACAAUAUUGAUAAUAAAUACAAAUAGCAAAAAACCCAUAGGAAAUGAGAUAUUUCUAAAAAAAGCGCAUAAAACCGAUUUUUGUGACCGUUGACCUUGAAAUUUAAUAGUUGCUUACACCCUACCAUAUGUAGGUUUUGAGACAACUUUUAGGGUGUCAAUAUACACGUAUUUACAGACUUACAGCUGGGUAUCUCGAAUUCCGAGGUGAACUUACUAUAAUGACUGGACUAUAACACUGUGUGAUUGUUAUACUUGGUAAAAAUCAAGAGAGGUAGGCAGCGGUAGAACUUCACCGACCAUAGUGUAAAAUAAUCGAGCUAAUAUUUACAAUAAAAUAAAAUAAUACUCUGCUUUGCUUCAUGUUAUCGUCAUUUGGUGCUAGAGCUACACGAUUAGUAUUAAAUUUUGUACGAAAUAUUAUUAUAAUGCACAAAUAUGAUAUUAUAUCCAAAAUUGUGUAAUAUUGUUUGUUCUUAUGAUUUCUGGUGUAAGUUUUAAGCAAAAUAUGUAUACCUUUCUUAAAAACGGCUUGUCAGAAAACUUACUUCUGUAAUUCCAUUGUUUACUUGCACCAGGCCGUUAUUUAGUUUUAUAUUCGUUUUGCUGAAAACCUGUAUUUAUCUCACCAAAGAUUAUGCUGCUAGAAAAGUUCCCACUUAUGUCCUAAAAUUCUGUUGCUUCAAGAUCUGAAUAUUGAUAAUUACGUUUGAAUCUGUUAUCAACAUUUGUUUCCCUUUCAUGCAUAUUAUAUAGAAAUUAUCAAUAUAAGUAUUUAUUUCAAAA